CUUUGGAGUAAGUAGCAGGGGAAUUUCAACAGAGAAGCCCAGAUUUCACUAGCCAAAGCAAAAUGAGUAGGACCGGAGGUGAGGGAGGAAGUGGCUGAGGUUGGGUAACUGGGGAGUUUCUUAUUCUUUCAGUCUAGUAAAAUAGGACACAGGAGAGCAAGGGACCUCCUGUUUGCAGCCUGACUGCCCACCAGAAAGGACUGAUCUUUGAGUGAGUUUCACUUCUUCCACUGGAGAGAGAAGUGAAUGCUGACAGACUCCGCCUCCAUCAUGUGGAACAUCUCUGAUGCCAACUUCUCCUGCUACCAUGAGUCUGUGGUGGGCUAUCGUUACGUUGCAGUUACCUGGGGGGUGACGGUGGCUGUGACGGGCACCGUGGGCAACGUGCUCACCUUGCUGGCCUUGGCCAUCCAGCCCAAGCUCCGUACCCGCUUCAACCUGCUCAUCGCCAACCUCUCAGUGGCCGAUCUGCUCUACUGCACCCUUCUCCAGCCCUUCUCCGUGGACACCUACCUGCACCUGCGCUGGCGCACCGGCGCCACCUUCUGCAGAUUGUUUGGGCUCCUCCUCUUUGCGGCCAACUCUGUCUCCAUCCUCACUCUCUGCCUUAUAGCCCUGGGACGCUACCUCCUCAUCGCCCACCCUAAGCUCUUUCCCAAAGUUUUCAGUGCCAAGGGGAUAGUGCUGGUGCUGGUGGGCACCUGGGUGGUGGGUGUGGCCAGUUUUGCCCCCCUCUGGCCCAUCUAUAUCUUGGUGCCCGUAGUUUGCACCUGCAGCUUUGACCGCAUCCGAGGCCGGCCCUACACCACCAUCCUCAUGGGCAUCUACUUUGUGCUUGGGCUCAGCAGCGUCGGCAUCUUUUACUGCCUCAUCCACCGCCAGGUGAAGCGAGCGGCACAGGCGCUGGAUCAGUACCAGCUGCGCCAGGCAAGCAUCCGCUCCAACCACGUGGCUGGGACAGAGGACGCCAUGCCUGGUCAUUUCCAGGAGCUGGACAGCGGGCUGGCAUCAGGAGGGCCCAGUGAGGGGAUUUCUUCUGAGCCAGUCAGCACUGCCACUACCCAGACCCUGGAAGGGGACUCCUCAGAAGUGUGGGACCAGAGCAACAGCAAGGUAGCUAAACAGAUGGCAGAGAAAAACUCUUCAAGAGCACCUGCCAAGGCCAGGCCAACUAAAGGAGCCCAGAAAGCUCAGGACUCACCAUCAGAGUUUGGGAAGGUGACUCGGAUGUGUUUUGCUGUGUUCCUUUGCUUUGCCCUGAGCUACAUCCCUUUCUUGCUGCUCAACAUCCUGGAUGCCAAGGUCCAGGCCCCCCGGGUUGUCCACAUGCUUGCUGCCAACCUCACCUGGCUCAAUGGUUGCAUCAACCCUGUGCUCUAUGCAGCCAUGAACCGCCAGUUCCGCCAAGCCUACAGCUCCCUCCUAAAACGAGGGCCCCAGAGUUUCCGUAGGUUCUAUUAGACCUGUGUCCCCAGUCGCCAGAAUCUGGGACCGUCUCCUCCAGGACUAAAGUGGCCAGCUGAUGCGGGAGUAGAUGAAAUGUUUGUGGGCAUUUUUAUAGACAACCUCCCCCCAACCCCCAAACCAGACUUCUCCAUCCCCUGCUCAAUGUUUCCAUCCUAGGCUGCCCAAGGUGCAUUAUUAAUUAUUAAUAAAUGAA